AUGCCGUGGUAUUUAAGUACCUUUCGUGUAGGUUUCUGUGCUAUCUACUCGUACUUUGCCUACGUACAGGUGAAGUGGAUUGUGGAGGCGGAAGAGCGGUAUAAACGCUCCCUCACAUGGAAACCCGCUGUGGGAACGAUAUUUGAUCACAAAAUUGUGAUGAAGCGCGGGGGCUCAAGUUAUGUGCAGUACCGGUUUGAAGUGGGUGGGAAGGAGUACGUGGGGGAUCGGUUUAGCAGCGGCGGGAUUCACAAGGAAGAGAUGGUCUCACAACCAGCACUCCUUGGAGCUGGAACGCAACUUGUGGUGUAUUACAACCCUGCAGAUCCUAACGAAAGUGCAAUUAAACUUCAGACAGAUCGUGGUGCAGAGUCUGUUUUUUUGCUUGGUAUUGCAAUAUCCAUACUUGUGGCAUAUAGGUCUGUACGCUGUGAGACCAUUUUGCCUAAUAUGUUUUACACAUUUCUUGGUGUGAACCGUCGUCUUGGCGGUAUCACAGGCCUGCGUGAGGCGCGUACGCACUCGCGGCAGAAGAUGAAAUACGGCAAAGGAACGGGUGCCAUUUGA